UUUCAAACCAAACUUUUCACUCCCUCCCCUUUCCUUCAAAAAUUUCGAGCAAAAAUUUCGCUCCCUCCAUUUUAUCCCUCUUUUCCGAAUUCCCUCCUCUCCAGCCAAAUAAACCCACUCACAAACACUUCCCAUCUCACAAACUCUAACCAUGCCCAAUCAAUUAGAAAAAACCCUAGCUAUCUCCAUCUUCAUAUCGGUAAGAAAGGCAGAAGCGCCAAACCAGAUCUACAGAACCCUAGCUUAGCUCUUUAAGCUCUGCCCCUAGCGUGGCUCGCUUCCUUCCUCAAUAUCCGGUACAGGUUGUCUUCAAAGAUCAAGUAAUCUCAGUACAUGGAUACUUUUGAAAGAAGAAAUAAAAGGUGGUUCCAUUUGAAGAACUCGGGGCUGCCAGGCUCAAGAACAAACUAGAGAUGGAGACUAUUAACAGGUUAAUCAUGCUUUUUAUGAAGCUGAAAGUGUACAAACACAAUCAUCUGAAGUUGAAAUUGAUAUAUCUAAUGAAACAAAAGCUGCCCUGCAAUGUCCAAGUUUCUUCCCACAACCGGAUUCCAUCUCGGAGCUCUCAAGACUUGCAUGAACACUCAUUACCCAUUGGACAUGUAGUUUUAGCUUUCAAAUGUUUUGUACACAUUUUAAACAAUAGUAAUGUGAAGCAUGUAUUUUUUGGAAUAUUCUUAUAUUACACUACAUUUUAUUGUGGGUUUAUUAUAAUAAACUCCACACUGGUGAAUUUUAUUGCUAUUAUUUAUUUGUAUGUUUAAGUGUUCAAAUUUAAUGUUUUAUACGUUUACUUUGUAA